UUGGUAAAUAAGAAAACAUUAAAUUACCAAAGUGUUUAAAUGAAUGUUUGCUUGAAAUCGUAAUUAUUUUAGGUUUUAGUUAACAAUUAUUGAUGUUUUUCCAUUUAAAUUAAUUCUCAACAUACACUACAAUUUAAUUCUAAUUUUAACCUGUGAUUUGGUUCUCUUUCUCUUUCUCUCUCUUUCUUUUUAUAUUGAUAUAAGUAAAUAGAAAAUUAAACCAGUGAGGUGCAAUGGAUGAUAAACAAAAUUUGGAACAAGAGAAUCGUCGUCUUCAGAUUGAAAAUGAAUCACUCAAGUUUAGGAUAAAACAUUUAACCGAGGAGAAUAAAAAAUUAAAGGAAGCCUAUGUAACCAUUCAAGCUAAGGCUGAACAAGAGGAAGAGUUUAUCAGUAAUACACUGUUGAAACAAAUCGAAGCUCUCAAAAAGGAGAAGGAGAUUAUUGCUCUUAAAUAUGAACAAGAGGAAGAAUGUUUAACCAAUGAUUUAAGUCGUAAAUUAAAUCAACUAUUGGCCGAGAAGAAGGAGUUUGAAAAGACACAUCAACAUGAGAAUGGUGUUCUCAUAGCCAAAUUGAUGGGUAAAAUAGAGAAAUUGGAAAGUGAAACUAACCAGAAGCAGACAAGUCUAGAGCAAUUAAGGAGAGAAAAGGUUGAACUUGAAAAUACAUUGGAACAAGAACAAGAAGCUUUAGUCAACAAAUUGUGGAAAAGAAUGGAUAAAUUAGAAGAGGAGAAAAAAGGUUUACAAUUGAAAUUGGAAAUGAAAUGAACCAAUUUCCUCGCUGUUUUUCAUAUUCAUCUAUUCCCCUAAACUCUAUUUCUUUAUUACCUAAUUUUCUCUCUCUCUCUUCCUUUCUCUUGGUUACUCUUUCCGUAUAACCCUUUCACUUUAUCUCUCUUUUCAAUCUUUCUCUUUCCUCUUUCCUCUUUUCUCUAUCUCUCUAUUUUUCCUCUUCGUCUUGUCUUUACUCACUUCAGACUUAUGGUUUCAUGUACUGAUCUACACAUACACAUGGCUGAUAUGUCAAUUUAAUUUAAGAAAAAAAAAAUAUCAAUCAACGGGCAAUUCGCAGCUAUUUUCCCUUAACCAAUCAAUACCAUUACCAACAAAAUUAUCUAAAAGAUUUUCAUGUGUAUGUAUCGUUUUUUUUUGCUCAUUGGAGACAGAAAAACAAAUAACUCAAAUGCUGUGUAUCCUUUGAUGGAAAGGUUUUCUUUUCUCUUUUUUUUUGCAAAAAGACUUUAUCGUUAACAUUUA